AUGCACCGCGCGGGCGGCCUAUGGCGGCGGCUGCGGCAGCGGCGAGCGGCCAGCGGCGGUCCGGGGCCUGGCGUUGGGGAUGGAGCCGCUCCCGGGGUCGCGGCGGCGGCGGCAGGCGCUGAGGAGGCCUCGCUGGAGCUGGGGCCGGAGGCGGAGGCGGAUCCGGGGCUGCUCCGAGCCUCCAGCCCGGAGCUGGAGAGGAGGCUGCGGGGCCUGGCCCUGGUCCGCGGAGGCUUCCUGAGGCCCGGGGAGGAGGCAGAGCUGCUGCGGGAGCUGGAGCCGGAGCUGAGCCGGCGGCGGUACCAGUUCGACCACUGGGAUGGGGCCAUCACCGGGUACCGGGAGACCGAGCGGGGGCGCUGGGGAGCCGCGGGCAGGGCGGUGCUGAGCCGCAUGGCCGCAGCCUUCCCCCCGGCCCGGCCCCCCCUGCCCCUGGUCCACGUCCUCGACCUGCACCCGCGGGGCGAGGUUCGGCCCCACGUGGACAGCGUCAAGUUCUGCGGCUGCACCAUCGCGGGGCUGUCUCUGCUCUCGGCCAGCGUCCUGCGGCUGGAGGCCUGCGGGGCCCCGGGGCUGUGGUUGGAGCUGCUGCUGGAGCCUGGCUCCAUCUACGUCCUGCGGGGGGCUGCUCGCUACGACUUCACUCACCGCAUCCUGCCCCCCGAGGCCUCCUUCUUCGGGGGGCUGCCGGUGCCCCGCGCCCGGCGCCUGGCCCUCAUCUGCCGCAACGCCCCCCCGGAGCCCCCAGACCCACUGAGACUGCCUGGAGACCCCAGACCCGCUGAGACCCCCCCCCGGCCCGCUGAGCCUGCCCGGAGCCCCCCGGCCCGCUGA